AUGUUUAGAUCUUCUAUAUCUAUAUCAGUACUGAUAUUAACAAUAGUGUUAUACUUUCUUAAAAUAUUUGAAGCUAGAGUUAAUAAUCAAAAUGAAUUUUUAAAUAGUAAUAAUCACCCGUUAUUAUUUGAGAAAAUUUCAAAUAAUCUGUAUCAAACAACAAUGCCAUCGGUAUAUGAUGAUAAACUUCAAAAAAUCUAUGGAGUUAGUUUAGGAGGUUGGUUAGUAACUGAACCUUGGAUAACUCCAUCACUUUAUGAAAAUGCUGUCAAUAACCACAACAAUAAUAAAUCUAUCCCAGUUGAUGAAUAUACUUUAACUUCAUUAUUACGAGACACAAUGGAUAAUGGUUCAAUAUAUUUACAAAAUCAUUGGGACCAAUUUUAUAAUGAAACUGAUUUCCAACAAAUUUCUCAAUUAAAAUUAAAUUUAAUAAGAAUCCCAAUUGGUUAUUGGGCAUUUGAAUUAUUACCUAAUGAUCCUUAUAUUCAAGGACAAGAAAAAUAUUUAGAUAUAGCUAUUGAAUGGGCUACUAAAUAUAAUUUAUUUAUACAAAUUGGGAUUCAUGGAUUACCGGGUUCACAAAAUGGGUUUGAUAAUUCUGGAUUAUAUACUGAAACUCCAACAUGGUUAGAAAAUGAAUUGAAUAUGAAUUUAACUUAUCGAUUAGUUGAUUAUAUUUUAAAUAAAUAUGGUAAUCAUACCACGAUUCAUUCUAUUCAAUUAGUUAAUGAACCAUUAGGAUUUUUAUUAAAUAAAGAAAAAUUAUCAAAUUUUUAUAUUUAUUGUCUUGAAAAGAUAAUUCAAAAAAAUAUUAAAGCAAAAUUAGUAUUACAUGAUGCAUUUUUUAAUAUUGAAUCAUGGAAAAAUUUCCCUGGUGAAUUCAUAUUAGAUCAUCAUUUAUAUGAAGUUUUUUCACAAUGGCAAAUUGAUUUAAAUUUACAACAACAUUUACAAAGUAUUAAACAUCAAGGUGAAAGUAUUGUUAAAUCUGGUCAUCGUAGUAUUGUUGGCGAAUUUUCUGGUGCCCUUACAGAUUGUGCUAAAUAUUUAAAUGGGGUUGGUAAAGGUUCACGAUGGGAUGGUAGUGGUGAUUUUGAAAUAAUUGAUAGAAAACCCAAUGAUGAUAAGAAUCGAACUUGUGAAGGACAUGAUGAUCCAAAUAAUAUAAUGUUUAAACUGGAGACAAUGGAUUUUUUAAAAGAACAAUUUUAUACAUUUGAAGAAAAAGGCAAUGGAUGGAUUUUUUGGUGUUGGAAAACUGAAUCUACUUUGGAUUGGGAUAUGAAAAGAUUAAAUGAAUUCAAAAUGUUACCUGAUCCAUUAUUUCAAUAUAAUUCAAUGAAUGGAAAUGGCGUAGAAGAAAAUGAUGGAUUUGGUCUACUGAAUAUUGAUUUUCAAGAUACCAUACCAAAAGAAUUUAGUGAACAAGAAUCUUCAGAACAAAAAUUUGACUAUAAUAGUAAUAGUACAACUACUAUGACUACUUCCAGUCCAAAAAAGAAUGGUUGUUCAAUUAUAAAUGUUGGUGAGAGUUGGUUGUGGAUUAUAUUUGUAUAUUAUUUGCUGAUUUUUUAG